UCACAAGGGAGGAGUUAGCAAAACAGUGAAGUUUAGCCUAGCAGGAAACACCGAGGUUACCACCGCGGCAGUGGAAAAAGAAGGAGCUCCAGUCCCAGCUCCAGUCCCCGUCUGAGUUUCGAACCGGAGCUCAGUUGUGAUAUCCUUCAGCGAAAUACACUGUCGCUUGGAUUCUGGGAGUCACGUUGCUCGCUUACAGUCGGGUCACAUUUUUUCCUCCCCACCGACUUUUUGAGGGAUAGAGCUUUAGCCAACUAAAUCACCCGACACUGGCCGGGGUGGACUCUUAUCCAGUGGCUGAGAACCGUACACACCAUCUGAGCAACGGCUGUUUGGAACCAGCGUGUCCCAGUGGGCCCCUCAGGCUCCCCGCUGGUGCUGAGUCAGCAUGAAGAGGUUCAGGCGUCACGGCCAGGAGUCCCAGAGGGAUCGACUCAAACAGGAGCUCUUCCAGUUCAACAAGACAGUGGAGCAUGGAUUCCCCCACCAGCCCAGCGCUCUGGGUUACAGUCCCUCCCUGCAGCUGCUGGCCAUCGGCACCCGCUCCGGGGCCAUCAAACUAUACGGAGCUCCUGGUGUCGAGUUCAUGGGCCUCCAUGAUGAGAAUGCUGCCGUGACACAAGUGCACUUCCUCCCCCACCAGGUUGAACUGGUGACCCUGCUGGAUGACAACAGUCUCCACAUGUGGACUUUAAAAGCUCACAAGGGACUCUCUGAACUUCUGGAGAUAGGACGCUUCACUCUCACUGGACCACCUGGUGCCCCUCCAAGUGUGACCAGAGUGACCGCAGUGCUGGCUCACUCCUCGGGGGAGCUGCUGCUGCUGGGGACCGAAGGAGGACACGUCUUCAUCGUGGAAGUCCCGGGGUUCAGAGAGCUGGAAGAGAGGAACAUUAGCCUCGACCAAGUGGCCAGCAGUGUGCCGGACGACUACAUCGGCCGCCGGAAUCUGGAACACGUAGAAACCUUGCAGGAGAACCCGGUGGACCCGAACCAGGUCGUGAUUGGCUACGGACGAGGCCUCAUGGUCAUAUGGAAUCUGGAGAAACAACAGGCCAUCCAGCACAUCCCCGCCACACAGCAACUGGAGAGCAUGUGGUGGACAGAAGACGGAGGCCACCUUCUCAGUUCGCACAGCGAUGGGAGUUACUGUCGAUGGAUGGCGGGCGGCGAGGAUAUGAACGAGGAGGAGGAGGAGAAAUCCGACAUUCCUUAUGGACAUUUCCCCUGCAAGGCCAUUUCUAAAAUAAUUCAGCUACCUACAGAAAAAGGGCCUCCGUUCCUGCUGUUCAGCGGCGGUAUGCCCAGGGCCAGCUACGGGGACAGACACUGCAUCACAGUGAUCCACAGUAAAACACAUGUGGCUCUGGACUUCACCUCCCGGAUCAUCGACUUCUUCGCCAUCAGAGGUGGACCACAGCACACAGGAGACCCCAGUGCGCUGGUGGUGCUGGUAGAGGAGGAGCUGGUGGUGAUUGACCUGCAGACGGAGGGCUGGCCGGUCAUUCAGACGCCGUACCUGGUUCCCCUCCACAGCUCCGCCAUCACCUGCUCCCACCACGUCUCCGCCAUCCCCCUCAAACUGUGGGAGCGGGUCCUCGCCGCCGGAGACCUGCAGAGCAAGCACUACUCCAAAGAGGCACGUCCUGGGCAGAAGUUACCCCUUCAACCUUGGCCAAUAACGGGAGGCCAGAACCUGGCCCCCGACCCUCCACAGAGAGACCUGCUGCUCACCGGGCACGAGGAUGGGACGGUGCGGUUCUGGGACGCAUCCGGAGUCUGUCUGUGUCCCAUGUACAAGUUAAGCACAUCUGGAGUGUUCCACACAGACGCCGACCCCAAUGACAACAUGAACCAAGGCACCGAAGGAGAGUGGCCGCCAUUCAGAAAGGUCGGCUGUUUUGACCCCUACAGCGAUGACCCCCGGCUCGGCGUGCAGAAGAUCCACCUCUGCAAAUACAGCGGUUAUCUAGCGGUGGCUGGCACGGCUGGACAGAUCCUGAUGCUGGAGCUGAACGACGAGGCGGCAGAGCAUACGGUGGAGGCUAAAGUUGUGGAUCUGCUGCAGGGCCAAGAGGGCUUCCGCUGGAAGGGCCACACUCAGCUGGACGUGCGAGAGGAGCCGGUGCUGUUCCCUCCGGGCUUCCAGCCUUUCACUCUGGUCCAGUGCCAGCCUCCCGCCGUGGUCACCGCCCUCACGCUGCACUCGGAGUGGAAGCUGGUGGCCUUUGGCACCAGCCACGGCUUCGGCCUCUACGACUACCAACAGUGGAACAACGUCCUCGUCAAGUGCACCUUAAACCCCAGUGACCAGCUGGCCAUGGAGGGUCCUCUGUCCCGGGUGAAGAGCAUCAAGAAAUCCCUCCGACAAUCCUUCAGGAGAAUCCGGCGCAGCAGGGUCUCGCUAAGGAAACAUCACGUCAACAACGCCGCCAAGCUCCAGGACGCCAACGCUCGUCUGGAGGCUGAGCUGGCGGAGAUGGAGCUGGCUCCGGUCCAGAGGAAGAUCGAGGCGCGCUCUUCAGACGACUCGUUCACCGGCCUCGUGAGGACCAUCUACUUCGCCGACACCUUCCUCUCAGACAGUUCACACAACACGCCCUCCCUCUGGGCAGGGACCAAUGGCGGCUGCGUGUUUGCAUACAUGCUCCGCCUUCCUGCUGCGGAGCGCAGAACGGACGAACUAGUCACCGCGCAGCCGGCGAAGGAGAUCCAACUCAUGCACCGGGCCCCUGUUGUUGGCAUAGUGGUGCUGGACGGGCACGGGGCUCCUCUCCCCGAGCCGCUCGAGGUGGCCCACGACCUGGCUCGCUCACCCGACAUGCAGGGCUCGCACCACCUCGUGGUCAUAUCAGAGGAGCAGUUUAAGGUUUUCACCCUGCCGAAGGUGAGCGCCAAGAUGAAGCUGAAGCUGACGGCCGUGGACGGCUCCAGGGUACGGCGGGUGGGCGUGGCCUGGUUCGGCAGCAGCCGGUCGGAGGACUACGGCGAGAGCGGCCUCGUGGUGCUCACCAACCAGGGCGACGUCCACGUGGUGUCGCUGCCGACGGUCAAGAUGCAGGUGCACUACCCCUGUGUGCGGCGAGAGGACGUCAGCGGCAUCGCCUCCUGUGUCUUCACCAAGCAUGGCCAGGGCUUCUACCUGAUCUCUCCAUCGGAGUUUGAGCGGUUCUCCCUGUCCGCCCGGUACCUGGUGGAGCCUCGCUGUCUGGUGGAGGUUCCCUUUCGUACCGGCUCCGCCACCCAACGUAGGCCGCAGCCCGAUGGAGUCUCAUCUGCUCAUAGAAUUACCACACAAGACGGCGAGGCUGCAGAAAGUGCCGCUAGACGUGUUAUGGAGCAUGCGUUGCUGAAUGACGAGAAAGUGCUUCAGGAGAUCCAGAAGUCGCUAGAAGGAGAGCAGACGUCGCUCCUGGAGAAUAAUGUGAAGAACGCUGUUGCUUAAGAGUCUCUGGACGGUUGAGAGUGAACUGACACGUAUGAAGCGCACCGCAGUCCUGGAGCAGCACUCGCCUCCUGCUCUGCCGACGCAACCACUACUGACCCCACCCCCUCGCCUCAGUGACUGACCUCCCCACUCUCAGCUCCCACGCGGCCCCCCACCCCCUCGUGGAGAGACGGUGAAAGGCUCACUUACAGUGCAGACAUCGGGGAGGGGGCGGGACAGUCACCACCUGUGCCUAAAGACUGUACGCAAGCGAUCACAGCGCGGUCACCGCCAUUCUAACCCCUCCAGCCACAUGAAGCGCACUCCUGACAAGUGCCAUAAUUCAUCACACGGAGACCAACGCCAGGAUCGAACCAGCGUCUCUGAUCUGCCGUAGGAGCCACGCCCCUCUAAAAGAAGCCUUUAUCACCAGCAGCCUUUUCCUGUGGCAGCGGCUCUUCCAAUCACCUCGCGCUCUGCUGUGCAAGCUCACUGGCCUUCAUCUCCCCACAUGGACAUAGAGCUGGAAGGAGUGUGUGUGUGAAUGGGGGGGGAGGGAUUUUAAUAAUGUUGAUGAAAAUAUUUCAUAGCUUGAAUUUUACGUGAUUUGUGCCUAAUUUUUUUUUAUUUUAAAAAAGCUCCGAUUUUAAUACUGUGGAAGCCCAUUUCUGCUGGGAAGAGAAAAGAAAAAAUAACUAAUGAGAUAUUUAGAAUUAUGAUUUAUGGAUGACUUUUUAAAAUCAAAAUAUUUAGAUGGUAAAUCAAGUCUGGAGACUCAAAAGUAAAAAAUAUAAUACAACCUAAAAAAUAAGAUAUUACAAAUCUCAUACUUAUACAAACUAAAUUUGACUUAGGAUCAUAAUUCAUAAUUUUCCACUCAAAGUGUUAUUUCAUCAUUUUAACUUUGCAUGAAUGGUUUUAUUUUGUGAAUCCUUAAAAUCCUUGUUUUUUAUUUAAUUUUUUGGUGUAAAUGAGCUUCCAUAGUAUUCAGAUUAACUAUCAAGGGGAACGCUGUCGACAAUGCCCCAGAAGUGGAAGAGAAAAAAAAGAUUGUUUAACGCAUGUCAACUGGUGUGAACGCGUUUUUAUGACUUUUCAGUCAUAAAUGGGUAAUAGCAUUACAAACUAUGGUGUACGUCUGUACACUGCUGACGCAGCCCUCUCCCCUCCCGUCCACUCUCCGUAGUAACCUGCCAUAGGUACUUCUCCACUACUGCAGAGCUCACAGUGCUGUACUAUUAGUUUUUUGGGGGGGAGGGGGGGGACAGCUUUCUAUGGGGUUUGGUUUUAAUUGUUUUUUUUAUGUAAACCAUUUUUAUAUGCCAGCAAUGAAUAAUGUAAUUUAGGAAUGUAAUUGUAAGCUAUUGUAGUGAAAUGUUUUUAAUAUAUACAGUAUGUAUGUGACUCAGUCUGUACCUGUGGGCCUGUUGUAACUGGGGUUGGCUGCUAUUUAGAUCGUACAAGGAAAUAUUUUGGUACUGUGUCUCAGAAUGCUGGGUGUUUAGCAUCAGCCUAGAAUAUAUUUUUGUAGUGAACUGAUUAAGAACCCUCUUCUUUUUUUUUUUUUUUUUACACUUCACACUACAGAUUUCUUGUGGAUAAUUAUUACAUGUUUUGUUUCCC